UGAGUUAUAUGAAGACAGUGAUGUACAUUCAGAGUUCCUCUCAAGUUCACACAGGUGAAGUUAAUCACAUUUACUAUAUUGAACAUGUUCCAUCAAACACUGAUCAACACAAAUUUUCCCAAGACUGUUUUUAAAAUCAAACAUCUUGAAGCUACUAUUCUGUUCUGUUACAUACUGACAUUUAAAUAUUCAAAUCAGAAACGCAGCUCUGCUUCCUCUCACAGUGGUAGAGUCAGAUGUCUUGCAAGAUGUUACAAUAGAUUUUCUCAUUUUCAACUUGCAUCACCUGUUUACAUGGAGCUCCGUUCUCAACCUGAAGUUACAUCACAAAAAUUUGAUCAUCCCUCCCCACAACCCCCAAACUUUUACUGCAAGACCCUCUUUAACCAAUCACAGAGUUAUUCUACUCUCUUCGGCUCCUUGUUGACCAUAAAGAACGGAAUUGAUUGGUUGUGACCAAAACGUCCCACCUCUGCGUCCUGUGAGACAAGCUUUUUCUUGGAGAGUGUGGGAUGAUCGAGGGCACAUCUAAGUUGGGCGACGGUCAAACACUGUCCGAGAUCCACAUCCAUUCAUCUAUUCUCUGAUUUGGAUCAACAUUUCAUUUUGGCAGUGAACUCAUUUGAUCAUGGACAACGUCUCUGCUUUGAAUCUCAACUCAAGCAUUUCUGGUUGGCGUCGUCCACUGUGGUACCACUAUGAGGUGUGUGCAGCAGUUCCUUAUGGAUUCGUCUUCUACUUCAGCCUCAAAGUGCUUAACCUCGCUGUGGGCUUCCCAACCAAUGCCCUCGUGAUGUGGCAGAUUAUGAAGAAGAGGAGUGAAGGCUCAACAUCUGACAUCUUUAUUUUCAACCUCUCUAUCCUAGAUGCAUAUUUCUGCCUCAUGACGCCGGUAGACUUGGUCAACCGCAUUUAUCUAAACAAUAAAAGCGUCUGGCACUUUCAACGCUUCGCUUACGGAGUCAAGGACAUGACUCCCUUAUUCCUCACCUGUAUUUGCCUCGACAGGUACAUCGCUGUUGUCCAUCCUAUCGUAUUCACCGGCAUCCGAGACAGUCGAAUCCGGAUCAACGUCUCCAUGAUGGUGUGGGUACUCAUCCUGUCAUAUGGACUUACCAAAAGUGUCUCGAAGGCUAUGAUUUUGUACGAUUUGUUCAGCGGAGUCAUCCUGUCGGCCUUCUUUCUCAUGGUGUUCUGUAACUUGUCCAUCAUCUGGGUCCUCAGGAAGAGCGUCGCUGGGAAAGAAACCAUGAAUCCAGUCAAGAAGAAGGCCUUCAAAAUGGUGAUUAUAGUUCUCGCCAUCAUCGUAACAAACUAUUUACCUUCUGUGGCUCUAAUCCCGUUUUCCUCCACCUACACAUUUGUGGAUCUCCACUGUAAGAUCACUGUUUCAGUGUAUGCCAUCAUGGACCUGAGCUGUACGUUGGAACCUCUUCUCUACGUCUCCAAGAUGGAGCGAUCCGCGCUAUGCUGGUGCUCUCAGAGUCCCUCAGGGAAAGCUGACAACGUUACCAUCUGAAAACCUGCGAACA